UGAUGAAUUAUGCCUGACAACUGUAUAGAGUGUCAUAGGUGACAUAUAAACUACCUGUGUAAGCUGCUAACUUCCUACUAAGAAUAAACUAACAUCAGACCACACAAUAAUAGCAGCAUCAUCCUUAAUCUUACAAUGGCUGGAGGAUUAGCAGCGACUGCUCUCUUGAUACUAGCAGCACAAGCCAUCUCUGGUAACUGCCCACCUUCAUCAGGAAAUAUAUAUCUUACGCAAAAUGGAAAUUGCUUUUCAAAUGGGUCAUAUUUUCUUGACAAUAUGAGUUUAGACCAGCCACUAUCCUGCAUACUGCCUGACUCUACUCUUAACGAUGGAGAGUGGUUUACUCCUACUGGCCCUAAUGACUGCAGUGCUAAUCCUAUUCGCUGCAUUGAGCAGUCUUCACCUGCCAAUCUAUCUCUAUACUUUCUUCAAUAUAAUUAUUUGCCUCCAGCUGAUGAUGGCUGGUUUAGAUGCUGUUUGCCAGAUAAUUGCUCAAAUCCCAGUACUAAAGUUAUCUUUGCUUACAUAUAUA